AUGACUGGUUAUAACCGGAGCCUUGAGGCUGACAAGAUCGGCCUUAGUAGGGAUAAAGCCCAGUUUUUCUCGAGGCUAGAUGAGCUCGAGACCACGGUUUCCCGACUCCGGGGGGAACUGGACUUGGUGAAGGCCGAUACUACAGGUUUGGCCGAGAGGAACCAGCGACUUGAGUCCGAGGCUGCUUUGUCCAACGAGGGCAGGAGGGUGUUCGAGGAGAAAGCCGAGGAGCGGUCUCGGAUAUGUGAAGGCCUAAGACCUGAGCUCGAGGAGGAAAUUAUUGCCAAUGACGGCCUUAAGGCCGAGCUAGAGGCGACCACCCGUAGGAGAGGUGUCCUUGAGGAGAACCGGGAAUUGCAUUACAUAGAUGAACUGGAUUCUAAACCAUACAAGGUUCAAGUAAGUCGAAAGCAAAUGAGCAGCGAUGACUACGACGCAAGUGAUUUGCAGGAUCAAAGAAAAUCUUGGAAGAGGCAUAGGGUCACAUCUUCUCAUGAUGAAGAGGUACCUGGAGGAAGAUGGCGAUGCGGAAGCAUUUUGGAGGAGUCACUUAAGUCUCACAAGCAAGAUGAUGAUGCAUAUGAGAUGGAAAGGAGAAGAUAUACAAGUAGUAACUUGGAUGAUGAUAGAAUUGGACAUUUCAGGGAUUAUCGACAUCGAAGUCGGGAGUCUUCAAGGGAGCAUAAAUCUAGUUAUAGUAGACGCAAGAGAGAAAAAGAUAGGGAGCAAGAGUUGGCUAGAAAAAGCGAGAGGGAGAGGGAAAGAGAGCGGGAGAGAGACAGAGACAAAGGGAGAGAGAGGAAAACAGAGAAAGCUCGUUAUGGAGAACGGGAAUAUGGGAGGGAGCGGGACAGAGAGGGAGAUACUUUCAGGGAGAGGGAGGAGAGAAGAAGGAAGAAUAGGGACAGGGAAAGCAGAGGAACAAGCAGGGUGGGACAUAGGGAUAUAUAUAGUGAUAGGUCCAGUAGGCAGCAGAGAUAUGAUGACCUUGACGAUGAUGCCUCCAAUCUUUCCUGGGAACCUGCUUACAAAGGUUGGAUUUGGGAUUCAAAUCCUAACAAUGUUUACCAUCGACAUAAUAGACAUUAUGAGACUGACAUUUUGAGAGACAGGACAGCUGAUCUCUCAAAAGCUGAAAAGCAAAAAACUGUAGAGACAGAGAGUGAAAAACCUAAAAGAGAUGAAGUUGAACAGGAGGAUCAUCAGGAAAAAAUUGCUUUCCAACUUUCUGAACAGGAAGAAGAAGAAGAACUUGAGAGAAUUAAGGAGGAGAGCAGAAGGCGCAGGCAAGCUAUUCUUGAAAAGUAUAAGCACCAACCUUCACAGAAGGAACAAAUGGCUCAAUUAGGAGACAACGCUGAGGUUCAUGCGGAUCAGUCUACUGAGAAGCGUGCAGCUGGAGAUAAUGUUUUACUAGAGCCCGUUGAUGGUCCAACCAAUGGUGCAGAUGUCCAUGUUGAUGAGCCAGCAUUUUCAGCUGGGAUAUCACCUUUGAAAGGCGGUCAUAAUGCUGAUGAGAAGGCUUCCAAAGCUGGUGGACUCAGACCGGGUACUCCAGAGAGAGCGAGGUCGGGUGAUAUGUUUUCUGACGAUAUAUUUGGAGAAUCACCUGUUGCCGCCAUCAGGAAAAUGGGCAAAGGAGAUGGCCUGCCGAUUGAGCGCAGUUACCUUCAGGAUAACUGCGAUGAUCCAGAAGGGUAUUAUAGCUAUCGCUUCGGAGAAAUUCUUGAUGGCCGUUAUGAGAUUCUUGCUGCUCAUGGGAAAGGCGUCUUUUCUACUGUUGUUCGGGCUAAAGAUUUGAAGGCUAGGCCUGGCUACCCGGAAGAAGUAGCAAUAAAAAUCAUUCGUAAUAAUGAAACGAUGGAUAAAGCGGGUAUUGAAGAGUUGAAAAUAUUGAAUAAGCUAGUUGGUGCAGAUCCUGAAGGCAAGCGCCACUGUGUUCGUUUAAUUUCUGACUUCAAGUACCGGUAUCAUCGUUGUCUAGUUUUUGAGUCUCUUCAUAUGAAUCUGCGUGAGCUCCAGAAGAAGUUUGGGCGUAACAUUGGACUCCACCUCAGUGGUGUGAGGUCUUAUGCGAAGCAACUUUUCAGUGCUUUGAAACAUCUAAAGAGUUGCAGUGUGCUUCAUUGUGAUAUUAAACCUGACAACAUCUUGGUAAAUGAAGCGAAAGACGUGCUGAAGCUUUGUGACUUUGGUAAUGCUAUGUUUGCUGCUGUUGGCAAAAACGAUGUUACUCCAUAUCUCGUGAGCCAUUUUUACCGCGCCCCAGAGAUCAUACUUGGCCUGCCAUACGAUCAUUCGAUGGAUAUUUGGUCAGUAGGUUGCUGUCUGUUCGAGCUUUAUGCUGGGAAAAUCUUAUUUCCAGGUUGUUCUAAUAAUGAGAUGCUCCGUCUUCAUAUGGAACUGAAAGGUCCAUUUCCGAAGAAGAUUCUUAGAAAGGGUGAAUUUACACAUUUACAUUUUGACCAAGAUCUCAAUUUCCUUGCCACUGAAGAGGAUCCUGUUACAAAGAAGGCUAUAAAAAAGCUGAUUGUCAACAUCAAGCCGAAAGAUUUCAGUUCAGUAAUUUCAGGUUAUCCGGGUGAAAAUUUGAAGAUGUUGGCUCGCUUCAGAGAUUUAAUGGAGAGAAUCUUUGUGGUAGAACCCGCAAAGAGAAUCACUGCAUCCCAGGCAUUAAAACACCCAUUCAUCACAACAAAUUAUGAUGGCGGGAAUCAACUAUUCCCAAAUGGUAUUUUGAAAGUUAAUUCACAUUUUUAGGUGCUUAAUUAGUCGAUUCAUUCCUGCUACUACUAUGUUGUCUUUGAUUUUUAUUCUUCGUACUCAACUGACUGCUUCUGAACAGAAAUUGUAUUUUAUUAUUUUCUCAGUUAAUAAAUUAUGUUUGUUGCUUGUGCAUCAUUCCAGACAUCGAUUUUAAAUUAUUUUGGAGCAUGAGUAGCUGGUCCUUAUAUAAUCUUUUGAAAGAUAAUAUGUUUUGGUCGCUUUAUUUUUUAUUUUAUUUUUAAAUUUCAACUAAUAAACAUUCUAAACUAAUUUUCUUGGUGCUGGUUCAAGCUUAGCUAUCAGUUAUUUUCCAUUUGAUAACACUAAGCAUAAGAAGGCUACAAUGUAAAGUUGACAACUUUUUGUUCUUCUUAUAAGUACUUCCCCAUGUAUAAUAGUUUUAAUUGCAAACUUGCAUUCUGUAAUAAUUAAUUGUCAACAGAUGACCCAUUGAAUUUCUUUCUUAUUUCCAGAAUUGAUUAAUAUUCUUUUCUUUCUGAAUGCUCAGUAGUUCAUCUCUUAGGUUCCCAAAUUUUAGAGAAACUAUAUGAGGACGAUAAAUGUAUCUAAUAUUAUAA